GAGAGAUUAUCACCUAAUCAUCGCAGCCUCUCUGUGAGGUUGCGGUGUUUUCUCCGCUUGCAGUUGAAGAUACUGAUCCAGGUUUCAAACCCUGCCCUAUGGGGAUCCAACAGCAGAGAUUAUAACCGAGACUGUCUAGACCAGUUGUGGUGAGAUUACACCCUGGAGCAAUUCGGUGUUUCCCGAGUGGUCCAGGACGCGCACACCAGCUGUGAAGAACAGUGUGUCCCUCUACUGCAAGGGAGUCGAGUUUUCCUGAAAACAAACAAAAGCCCAAGUUUUUGAGGAAUGGUAGAGCAAGCAUUCUGGUUAAGAUAGCGGAUUGAAUACAUGUAUCUAAUUUUACUCCCUCCUGAAAUCUCACUAAAGUUACAGUCAGGGUUUUCUUAUUUAAAAAAAAAAAGACAAACCCGCAAGGAUGGAGAGAAUGGGAAAGGAAACAAAAGCAAUAACACACUGAGCACUAGAAAGUAAAUGUCUUAGCAAAUCUUAGCUUAAUUCUAAACCAGCAGCAGGGAGUACUGUGGAUCAUUUCUAUAUAAACCAGAGAAUCUUCACAAUGCGCAGAAACUGGCAGCACUGAACACCUUGGGAACUGGCAGCGAAGGGACUUGUGCUGAGGAUGAAUGUGGAGGGCUUAAGUAAAGAUGACUUGGGUGAAAUCUAUUUGAGAACUAAUUAGAUACCUAGAUCGCCUUCCCCGUUUCACACCUUUCUCCCAUUAGAAGACUGUAGACUCUUAUCUUGAGAAUGUAAAACAGGACCCCAGGCAGUUAAUUACGGGGCUACAUUUAUGAAAAUAGACACUGAAGGCCAGAGUCCUUCACCCUUCUCCCACUCAAAUCCCAGAAUUUUUGCAAUCAAAUUAAUACCCUUCAAGCUCAAAUAAGAGAAUUAUUCUACACAGACCUACACAUAUAAGGGAAACUACACAAUAAGUUGAUCACAGUGGUUGCUUAUGGGAAGAGAAAGGAACGUGGUGGCUGGUGGGAAAGAAUGUGAGGAGACUUACACAUUUUUGUUCUUUUAAAAUUCUGUACAUGUGCAUAUAUUACCCAUUCAAAAAUGAAAUGUAUUCUUUAAAAAAUCGUAAAUAAGUAUACCCUUUGACACAGCAGUUCCUCUCCCAGGAAUUUAUAUUACAGAUAUGUCUACACAUGUGUGAAAAUAAUGUAAGUACAAUGCCAUUCAUUGCAGUACUAUUUUAGGAAAAGAUUGGAAACAGUCUCAAAUUUUAUUCAUAAAUGGUUGGUGAAAUAAAUUAUGUUUAACCCUUCCUUGAAAUAUUCUGCAGCCAUAAAGUACAAUGAAAGAUGCUUAUUAUAUAUAAAGAAAAGAGUAAUCAUCAAGAUAAGUAUGUGUGGUGGGGGUCAAAGAAAGGCAUCAUCAGUUUAUAAAAAGACAGAAGGGGUGUGUGUACAUGUAAAGUAUCUGGAAAGAUAUGUAAGAAAUGAAUAAUUCCUUUGGAGAGGAGAUCUUGGUGGCAAGACAACAGUGGGAUGAGGGAAACUUCACUGUAUAUUUUUGCAAUCUUUUGAGCUUUGAACUGUAUUAUCUACUCAUGAAUUAAAAAACAAAUGUUAAUGGGGGAAAAUGGAUGAAUAAUGAAGUCUGAUGUUGAUAAUGUCCUGAAAAAUAAAAGAUCUCUGCUGGUAAGAAGGAAUGCUGUGCAACAACCCCAAAGUCUCAGUGGCUUACUGCAUUUCGUGCUCGUGGUUCUUCAGGUCCCCAUUUCGUGGCUAUUCAGUGGUUUAGAUCUGGACUAGGCUGCACUCUACGUUUUAGUUUUGGGUUCAGAUCUGCUCCAUGUGUCUUCAUUCUGGGGCCAGGCUGAAAAAAUAAAAAUACCUGGAGCGUGUUUUUCUCAUGGCUGAGGGUGAAAGUUAAGAGGGCUUCUGGAAAUUUGUCCUUCCUCUUCUCAUAAAUGGCACAUUCAAACAUUUAUGUAUAUUCCAUGAAAGCAAGUCCCAUAGCCAAACCCAAGUCGAUGGGGUUGAUAUAUACUCUUCCUGUUGGGAGGCUCUGCAGUCACAUAACAAAUGGUGUGGAUAUAUACUUCUAUUGUAUGGUGAGAGGGAGAGUUGAGAACAAUAAUGAUGAAAGAAAUGGGUUAAUAGAUGCUGUGAAAUUAAGUUAAAGAUAGUUGAGAAUAAAGAUGCUUAGAACAUAUAUAUGUCAACAUACAGCAUCCUAUUUUGAAAUGAAUUUUCUUCAGGUUUCCGUGUUAAGGCACCACAUUGGUUUUAUAUUAUAUGACAUUUGCCAGCCCCACACUUGGCCCUAUAAUCUAUUCUGAGUGCUCAUAGGAACCUUGAAAAUAAUUAAUGCAUAUGUAAAGAUACCAGUUCUUAGAGAAGUAGUUCUAAAUGUGUUUAUUUCAGCUACUGAAUGCUCAUUCAUAGUUCUUGUAUCAUAUCCAUGUCUGCCAACCCACCUUUCACAAUAGAAUCUUCUUUUCAGGGAGAUGUCCUUUGCUUCUCAGAUGUAAUGCACUUUAAGUUUGUUAUUCAACAGUGAAAAUGAAUCAUACAGAGGUUAAAUUAAAAAUACCUUUUGGAAAUAAAUUACUAGAUGCUGUUUGUUUGGUACCUAACAAGAGCUUAACAUAUGGAAUAAUUCUUACACACGGAGCUUCAGGAGAUAUGAAUCUUCCUCAUUUGAUGUCACUGGCAUCCCAUCUUGCAUCUCAUGGUUUUUUUUGCCUGAGGUUUACGUGUAAAGGCCUUAAUAUUGUACAUAGAAUUAAGGCAUAUAAAUCAGUUUUGAGUUACCUCAAGACCUCAGGAGAAUACAAACUUGCAGGUGUUUUCCUUGGAGGUCGUUCAAUGGGCUCAAGAGCAGCUGCUUCUGUAAUGUGUCAUAUUGAGCCAGCUGAUGCUAAUGAUUUUGUUCGCGGUCUCAUUUGUAUUUCUUAUCCACUGCACCAUCCAAAGCAGCAGCAUAAACUUAGAGAUGAAGAUCUCUUUCGUAUAAAAGAUCCUGUACUAUUUGUGUCAGGCUCAGCAGAUGAAAUGUGUGAAAAGAACUUGUUGGAGAAAGUCGCACAGAAAAUGCAAGCUCCUAGUAAAAUCCACUGGAUUGAGAAGGCAAAUCAUUCCAUGGCAGUAAAAGGAAGGUCAACAAAUGAUGUUUUCAAAGAAAUAAAUACACAAAUUUUGUUUUGGAUCCAGGAAAUCACUGAAAUGGACAAAAAAUAAUUGUCUUUAGUUCAAAGCCAUAUUAUUUUGAAUACAAAUACAGUUAAUUUGAUAAAGAACAGCGUAACUCUCAGCAUUAUGAGGUAUAUUUUCAGCUAAUUUAAUGUUCUUUAAUGUUCCCCCAUUUAUAAAACAUGUUUUAAUUGUGAAAUUGAUGUCUUUUACAAAAUGUCUUUUGAAACCAUAGUUCUAUAAAGAUGAUGCACAAAUAUUAAAGAUGGUCUAAAUAUAAUUUAUUUUUAUUAAUAUAGUUUGAAAAAAAUUAAACAUUUGAAUUUUGUUACAGUGGAACUUUUGUCAUUUCUGUGCAAUUGAGAAAGUAAUUUUGCAGAGGAGUGUCAUCUUUAAAAAAGGAAAACAAGACUUAUUUUACUGUAGUAAAGUUAGUCACUAAUUCAGGCCCUCAACAAUCUCAUCUGUAUAAUUGCAGUAGCCUAAUUGAUUUUCCUAUUUUAUUGUCUUCUUGCUUCAGUAGACCACUUGACACCUCCAACUCAAAAACAUGGGAGAUCUCCAAAGGCGAUUAUUGAAGUCUUUAGUGUAAGGCUCUGCACAAUAGGCCUUAUUUUAGCCUUAUUGCCCCAUUACUCUGAACCUGUACACAGUACUCCAGGUAACAGACUACACAAAGUUUCAGAACUGCACAAAGUUUGUCUCCUCUUUCUGAAACUUUCUUUGUUAGUCUUUGCUUAUUACCAAAAUCUACUCAUUCUCUUUCCAUCUUUAUAGCUUUGAAUUACCCUAACCAAAUACCUCUCCUUCAAACCCACAUAAUAUCUUGCUUUUUGUUAAUCACACUUGGUCUUCUCAGGAGGUUAUUAACAUAUUUAAUCCAUACCACUUAAAUUACAUACUUCUUCAAGUCAGGGAAUAGUUUUAAUACUCAUCUUUGUAUCCAUAAAGCACUUUUAAGUUACUUAUUCAGUGCCUUUUGCUUUCAUUAUUCAAUAGAUAUUUGUAGUGAACUAAGAUAUUCACAGAUGGAGAAUUUCUAACCAUUAUGAGCAAUCCUGGUUUUAUAUUGCUAUUUACACACUUAUUAUUGGGACUUUUUGCCUGGUACAUAAAGAUUUAAAACCUUGUUCA